CUUUUGCCCCCAUACCCUCCCACCUCCAUCGCAAUACCUCUUCAGCUUCUUUUUCAAAUUAAAACCCAGUUAUUCCCAUUUUAAUCUUUUUUAGUCCAGCCAGUUCUAGUUUUGCAUCUUCGCCUCUUUCAAUGUUCAAGAGUCCCACCCAAUCACCACCUGGAACGCCAAGCAGUUCCAGCUCUAGUGUUCUAACCAGCUCGGGCAGUGGUAGUCGCUACAGCAGACCACCGUCCGUUGUGAUCGAAACGUUGCAUGCUACGACGAGCGAGAAUUCCGCCGGACAAAAGAAAAUCAACCAGUAUACGCUACAAAAAGAAAUUGGCCACGGUGCAUUUGGAACGGUCCAUAUCGCAGUCGAUACAAGUGGUAACGUUUAUGCCAUUAAAGAAUUUAGUAAAUCUCGACUGCGUAAGAAGGAGCAGUCUGAUAUGCUGCGUAGGUCUGGCCCGCGUGGUCGUGGUCGUGGUCGCGUCGGCUUAGGUGUUGGCCGAGCUGCUUCAGCUGCAGCUGCGGAACCCAAAAAUCCUCUCGAUUUGGUCAGAGGUGAAAUGGCUAUCCUCAAAAAGCUUAACCAUGAAAACGUCGUCAAACUGUUCGAAGUAUUGGAUGAUCCUAAUGACGAUUCUUUGUAUAUGGUCUUUGAAAUGGCCGAGAAAGGUGCAUUAAUGGACAUUGAUUUGGAUAAGGCUUCUGUUCCUUACAGCGAAGAGGAAUCUCGCAUUUACUUUCGGCAGAUGAUCCUUGGUAUUGAAUACCUUCAUCAUAACGAAAUCGCACAUCGAGAUAUUAAGCCUGACAACCUGUUGAGAUCAAAGGACGACGUGCUGAAAAUUGUGGAUUUCGGUGUAUCUGAAAUGUUUAAUAAAGGCGACGAUCGUCUGAAGAAAUCAGCAGGCAGUCCUGCAUUCAUGGCACCAGAGCUUUGUGUCGCUCGUCACGGCGAUGUAUCUGGUACUGCGGCUGAUAUUUGGUCAAUGGGUGUGACCCUUUACUGUCUCAUCUAUGGGCGACUACCGUUCCCAAAAUCCAAUGUGAUUGAAUUGUUUGAGGCCAUCAAAAAUGACCCAGUUCCUUAUGAAUCCGACACGAAUCCAAAAUUACUCGACCUUUUCCAGAAAAUGCUCACAAAAGAUCCCUCACAACGUAUCACCAUGGAACAAAUGAGAGUACACCCAUGGGUUACCUUGGAUGGCACAGACCCACUCAUCUCCGUGGACGAAAAUUGCCAACUUGUCGUCACCGAGGUUACAGAAGAGGAGUUCAGCAAUGCUAUCAAGAGUGUGGCAAAUAUUUUUACGGUGAUGAAAGCAGUUACCAAAUUCAAAAGACAUUCUAGAAGCAUGUCGCAACAGUCUUUGAAGGCUAUGGCCGAACAAGAGCCUCGUAAGGAUCCCAAGACGGAUGUCGAAGCAAAACACCACCGCCGCUCUACUACCGAUGACGAAACGCACCUGGCCGUGGAAGGCUUGGAGCGGGAUACCAGGCGUCUGUCUAUUGAACAAUCUUAGAACCUUAAUAAUUUCAAUAAUUCAUCUGGUUUUAAUAAUAAACCAUGAAGACAAUAUUCCACCGCCAAUAACAGCG